GGUCAGGGAACCAGACUAGUACCACGAUUGCUUCGUAAAGCGCACGCGUAUACUGUCGCACGGGUAACCCAUGCGUAUUUACCCUGUUGAAUAACAUCUGGCACGUGACUGGGCCAGUUAGAAUUCGGCUCUCGAUUGCGAAUAUGUAUGAGAUAUAGUAAAAAGGUCAUUACGUACGUGAGAAAUCUUACCAACGCAGCUAAUAUAAUUAUUAUUACUAUAAUUAUUUCUUUCUCAAUCUUGUGCACAUUUACAUUGAUCAAAUUCUGGCCCAUAUGUCAUUCGUUUAUUGUCGAUUGUGACUUGUUGAUCAAUAAAUCUAGUCGUGCCUUUAUUGUCAGAUUAGAACGAUCUGUACGAUCGUCGUUCGCUGUUUGCAACACACUCUGAAACUGUUUCGAAGUACGCUAUGUUGUAAGCGUUUAUAGCUCAACAAACCAAAACAAAACGGCAUGAAUUUUCCUAUUUAUCACCCAAGACAUUGUCGUCUUGUUUGGUGCCUCGCUCUUUUUGUUGUCUACAUGGUUCAGAGCGGAGCUGGCUCUAAUCUCCCUACCGUGAAAUCUUCGGAUUUCACGGCUGCUUCACAGUUCAACAGCACCGUCAAAUAUCGAGUGAUUCGGUCAAGCCAACGAGCCUCCUACCUGAGGUGUGCCGCGGCCUGCCUUAAGGAAGAAGACUGCAAAUACUUCGGUUAUACCAAAGAUACCAGACGGUGUGAAUUGAGCGAUGACUCGAUCGUUUCAGUCAACGAAGAGAAGUUGAAAUACUUCAAAAGAAAUGGUGACUCUCCUUGCUCCGUGGGGGGACCUCUCGGGAUGGAAGAUGGUCGCAUCCCGGAUGAAAGCCUCACAGCUUCGUCUUUUUGGCGAAGGCAUUCUACUUACUCGACCAGGGCCAGACUUCAUACUUUAGCUGCAGCCUGGUGCUAUGACAGACAUGAAGACAGUCCAUGGAUACAGGUUGACUUCAAUGGUACAGUCACCAUCACUGGUUUGAUCACCCAGGGGCAUGGCGACCAACACAACAUAUGGGUGACAGAGUACCAAGUGACGUACAGUGAUGACGCUCAGUCCUGGGAUCACGUGACCGAUGCAUUUGGCACACCAGUAAAGUUUGCUGGUAACUCGGACAGGAACACGUUGGUAACCGCUCGGUUCCCGUUGGCAUUGCGCACCAGAAUCCUGCGCAUUCACCCCACUGCAUGGCACUCCUGGUGCUGCAUGAGGUUUGAAGUGAUUGGCUGCUAUUAAUCACAUUUAAUCAGUCAACAACUAGCGGGACUGGAAAUCGAUAUCGAAAGGAAUCGAUAAUUGAAACCCAUCUUUACAUUAAUUUUGUAGUUAUAAUACGCCUAAUGAGAUUGGUGUUUCAA